AUGUCGACCCCAAACGCGGUUCUCGACAGCAGCAGCGAUAGGGAUCACGAGGACCCUUCGCUUGGUAUCGAACAGAAUGCGACGUCGCCGGAGGAGCAGACAAAGCCCGUGUCGCGAUUCACACGAUGGUAUCGCAGUCCCCUAUUCAACGUCAUUAUCGUCGGAUUGAUCUCGUUCACCCAACCCGGAAUUUGGAAUGCUCUGAACAACACGGGCGCUGGCGGUCAGCAAGAGCCAUACCUGGUCAAUGGCGCCAACUCCCUUACCUUUGGCAUCAUGGUCUUUGGCUGCUCCCUGUUUGGAAUCCUUGCCAACAAGAUCGGACUGAAGUGGGUUCUUAUCAUCGGUACACUCGGGUAUGCGCCUUACUCGGCGGCCCUUUACACCAACAACCGAUACGGAGUUGAGUGGUUUGUUCUCUUUGGUGGUGCAACCUGUGGUAUCGCCGCUUCUGCGCUGUGGGCAUCUGAGGGUGCUAUUGCGCUGGGAUAUGCCGAUGUCAAGGACCGUGGAAAGUUCACCGGCAUCUGGUUGGGUCUGCGUGAACUUGGUCAACUCAUCGGCUCUUCUAUCCAACUCUCACUCAACGUCAAGUCAGGAAAGCGAGGCCGUGUUGGAUACACAACUUAUCUGGUCCUCAUCGCUCUCCAAUGUCUCGGCCUUCCCCUCGCCUUUCUCAUCUCACCACCAGAAAAGGUCAUCCGCUCAGACGGCUCCCGACUCCCCCACACCAAGACCAAAAAGAGCGUCAAAGACCAAGCCAAGAAAUGGGCUGCCCUCUUGAGGCGAAAGCAGUUCUAUCUCCUUAUCCCGAUUCUCGUCGGCUUCAACUGGAACAGCACGUAUCUCGGCAUUUACCUUGUCAACUACUUUUCCGUGCGAUCUCGAACUUUGGCUUCUCUGACCUCGGGUAUUGCUGCUACUGCUGCCAACAUUUUCUGGGGAUGGUUCUUUGAUCUCAAGACCAUUAGCCGACCUCAGCUUGCCAGAAUCACAUGGGUCUUUUUGGCUGUCUUCAUGACUGCCUUGUUUGGCUGGCAAUUUGCUAUGGAGUUGGAGUAUCGCGGCGCCAACCCUCCCGUGACCCUGGAUUGGGAUCUUCCGGGCUUUGGCCGUGGCUUUGCCGUUCAAGUUCUGCUUCGAUUCAUGAACGAAUCCCACUACAUGUUUGUCUAUUGGAUUCUGGGAACCUUCUUCGACGACGUCGAAACUCUGACUCUCGCCGUCGGUCUGGUUCGAUCUUUCGAGUCUCUCGGAUCAUGCUUGGCCUUUGGUGUUGGAGCUGCCAAGGUUGCUCCUCUCACCAACCUCAUUGUGGCCUUUGUCAUGUUCUGCAUCUCACUCCCAUCUACGUCAUUUGCCGUUUUCCUCGUUCCUGAACGCCCGAGCGAGAAUGCACUUGGCAAGGAUGAUGAUUCUUCUGAAUGA